AUGUUUGUGAAUAGUAAGCCAGCCCCGAAUCCCACGGCUAGGGCGAAAAGGGAAAUGAGACCAGACAGCCAGAUUAUGAUCAUUCCAAUUGUCCAGCUGCAAGAUGUACUCUGUGCAAUGCUAAGUCUGUCCAUGAGGCUCGGGAUCGUUGUAUGUGUUGACAUGGGUAACAUUAGUGCCAAUGGUGAUACUGUGCAGCUUAUCCAGAAGAGAAUCAAUGCGUUUCGUCUGCAUGAUGAACUCGCUUUUGGCUCUCUGGUGCAUUUGCAGAAGAAGUUCAAGCAAGCCGGCACUGUUCGCAGUAAUCAGAUCUUGCUCGGUCUCGGAGUCAGUCAAUUGGCGCGAACUGAUGUACUGCAUUGCGCGGACGCAGAUUCCCAACCCCAAAGCAAAUAUCUCAGCAGCGAUGGUAAAACACUCGGCAGCGUCGGUCUUGAGUGA